AUAAUACCAUUUGUCAAAUAGUAACAGAACUUAUCAUAACAAACGUACAAAAUGUGGAAACAUCAUACAAAAUGGUGACAUUGAAAAUAAAUAUAUAUUAAUGAAAUAUGUGAUUAGCGUGUAUUGAUAAUGAACCAAAAUAUGUGAACUUUCCAAUGUCCGUCAAAAAUGGGAUGUGCUGCAUCUAUGGACGGUUUUCCGUCAAAAGAUUCCAGAAGAAAAAGGGAUCUUCUCGAAACCCGAAAUGAGAAGAUGAAUGAGAAACUAGGAACACCCGAAAGAAAUUAUCCUAGACCAAGACCUCCUAGAGACAGAAAAGGUCAUAUCUAUACUCCUGGAGGGUAUUCCGAACUGGAGUAUAACGCAAGACGUGCAGAUUUCAACAUUUGCUUAACCUGGCAUUCAUUUGCUAAAUACCUUACACAAGCUAUGACGACAGAUAUUGAAAAGGUUCGAUCCUUAUUUGUGUGGAUGGGAUGUCAAAACUUCCAAUCGGGAAGUAUUCCAAAUGGAAAAGAGGAUUCCCCCUUAAGCUACAUGAGUAAAGUCAAGAAAAAGACGAUGUCAUAUGCAGCAUUCUUCGUCAAAAUAUGCAGGGCUGCAGGAUUAAAGGCAGUACUAAUAAAAGGUAUUGCCAAAAGCGUGGUAUAUGAUGUAGGUGACCCUUUGGAAGAACUCAAACAAUUGCGGAAUAACUGGUGUGCUAUUCACGUAAAUGGUGACUGGCGAUUCGUGUUCCCUUUGUGGGCUUACUCUGCAGUGGAAGGUAGAAUCACAGACAAGUAUACUCUUAUUGAGGGUGGUAAGAUGUCGAGAAGUAAAGCGUCAUCAGGAUCAGCAGUAAAGAAGUUCAAUGAGUUUUUCUUUCUGACUGACCCGGAUGUUUUUGUUCAUUUUGCUUUUCCUGACAAUCCAGACUGGCAGUUAUUAACUGUUCCACUUACAUUAGAAAGAUAUUUAGAGGAACCUUACUUUCGUCAACCGUACUUUGAAAAUAAGUUACAGGUAGCUACACUCUUGCCAGGCCUACAGAAAGCCAAACACGGAAUAGUUGAGAUAGGAAUAAAGAGUUUAAUAGAAAACUGGCAAGGCUUGUUGACCUAUCAAUUGUAUUUUAAUAACAAGAAAUCAACCAUGGUGCUACCAAAGAAAACACAGCUCAGCAAUUUUGUCCUAAUGGACAGAUGCAAUAGCAACUGGAAAUUUACCGUUAGAUUUCCGAUUGAUGGAGUCUAUAAAUUAACAAUAAAUGGUGGUGUUCCUCCGAAAAGUAACGAAUGGGUAUGUGACUUUAAGUUAGUGUGUAAAACUGCUAUAGAAGAUAUCCCGCCAUUACCCUGCGAUACAGGUGCCGUCGGAUGGGGACCUAGUAAUAACUUGGAGCAGUAUGGAUUGACUUCUCCUUCUCAUACACAUGGCACGAUUUUGACCAAACUUCGCCAAUAUCUAUAUAUAGGCUUUACGUUAACGAAGAAACUUUUCAUUCGGUCCGAGUUAGUUGGUAACAAGUACAAACCGUCCGAACUGGAACAAUAUGUUGACCAACGAAUUACAAAUCGCGAACUUGUUGUUAAAGUUAUGGUACCAGAAGAUGGAGAAUUUGCACUGCGCGUGUAUGCUAGAGAGAAAAAGAAACUACCAGAGGAAAAUGUAAUCAAUUAUUUGAUAACAACAGAUGACCCUGCAGGUCCAAGAACAUACAGAAAAGAGAAUGCAUUUGAAAAGAAUCUGCGAAAAGAAUUAGUGACACUGACACAGCAGACAAAGGACCCAGAUGAGAUGGACAAGGUUAUUGAGAGAUUUGACAAGCUGGCAUUGGAAGAUAAAGGUGAUCUCAAAAAGGCAAGAAGCAGACGAGAUUUCCUCAAAAUAAGAAAAGAUUUAACUGAUGCAACUGUACGACGUCACUUUGGAACUCUCGAUACUGCAAUAAAAAAGGCGCGAGAAUCUAAAUUUGAGGCAAAGUUGAAGAACACAACAAAGAAAGCCGAAGACGCUCGCAAUGAAGUGUAUACAACAUGGAUCCAUGAAAUUUUAGAAAUGAAACCAUCUACCGUGGCAGAAUUGAAAACCUAUAAGAACCCACCUACAGCAAUAUUUGAUACUAUGAAAGCCGUCUAUUUGUUGCUAGGAGAAAGUGCAGAUAUGUUAAAUACCUGGGAAGAUAUACAUAGUGUUCUCUCCACCAUUGGCAACGAUUCUUUACUUCAUAGAAUUAAAACUUUCCAAACAUCACAAUUACGGGAGCACGCUUUAGAGGAAGCUCAGAAACUUACAGAAAAACAUGACCUCCCAAGUAUCAAAUCAAAAAGUCCGGCAGCUGGGACUUUCUAUGUCUGGGUACGAGAUUUAGUUAAUAUGAUAAAAGAUGAACGUUCAAAUCCCAAAAGAAAAAAAAAGCGAAAGGAAAUAAGCACAUUUAGCACAAAGACAACCAAUACAAAAAAGAGUCAGUCACCUUGAAUGCUGAAAUUAACCGUAGUUGAUCCUAGUUGUAUACCAUUCAACACAGAGCAAACCAUGAGUAGGAGUAUUUCACGAUUUCUUUAUACACAUUCUUAAAUUCACGUGUAGAAAAUCGUCAAAACAUUGAAAUGCUGUAAAACAUAACUGAUUACAAUAAUAGGAAAUUCAAGAAAUAUUAGAAAUUGCAAAACAUUUAUGGUUGUGUAAAUAUAGUAUUUAUCAAUGUA